AUGAAAAACCAUAGGACUGAGAAUACUUUAAAAUUUUAAAAAAGUUAGAGAAUAAAGGAUAUUUAAUUAUUAGAUAAAAAAUAAAUUGAGAAUGAACUUUAAAAACAUUAGAUAAAUUAAUUAAAUAAAAUUGAAGAACUAGGAUAAUAAGAAAUUAGCUUUAUUUUAUUUUAUUUGAAUGAACUUGCAUAGAAGCUCAAGGAGUAAAAUGUUAAUUAAUCUGAUAAUAUAAAUGAAAAUGACUAGAAAAAAUAGUAAAAUUAAGCUGAUGUAAAUAAUAUUCAAAAGAAAAAGUUAAAAGCAGUACAAAAAAAAAGUGAUUCUCAUGCUUCAAACAUAGUAGAGAAAGUGUUAAAAAAAUAUUAAUAGGAUUAAAUCUUAGAUUAUAAUAAAAUUAAGGAUCACUAUUAGGAUGUUGUUGUGUAAAAAGGGGAAACUCUUGAAUUUAAUGAAGAACCAAUAAGUAAUUCAAAUGAGUUAUCUGAUGUUCAAUUUGCCAUAAUGAAUAAGGAUUCUUAAAAUAUACAUGUUUUUCCUAAAACUCAACUAAAAGCAGUUAUGGAAAUAAUGAAGCAAAAAAAAGAGAGCAAAAAAGAUUGUAAAAAAGAGAUAGUACAACCAUAGACAAAAUAAUAAAAACCUUAAGAAGGACAGCAUGGUGGAAAAUAAAAAUAAAUAUCAAAAUAAAAGGAUAAUAUACCAAAGCAAGCUUAAUAAUAAUAAUAAAUUAACCAACCUACAAUGUUUUCAUAAGCAUAUGAAUCUUAGAUUAGUUAAUAAUAGAACAUGCUUUAAUAAUUGCAAUAGUAAUAAUUCCAAUAAUACUAAUAAUAAUAAUAACAAUAAUUAUAGUAAUAAUAAUAAUAAUAGUAAUAAUAAUAAUAGCAAUAGUAAUAAUAAUUAUAAUAAUAACAAUAACAAUAAUAGUAAUAACAACAAUAAUAAUAAUAGCAAUAACAGCCUUUCUAUCAACUUCUAUAUCCAAAUCUUUUAUAUCCUUAAAUGCAAAUGACUUAAAUGCCUAUCAUGGGACAAUUACCGGGAUAAAUGAUGGGACCAAUGUAAGGAUUAAAUGAUGAUACAAAUGCCAUAACAAAUGAUGGGAUAGGUGCCAGGAUAAAUGCAGGGAUAAAUACCAGGUUAAAAUAUGCAAAUAAUCUAAACACUUCCAGGGUAAAUGUAAUAAAUAGUUUAACCUAUGAAUUAAUAAAUGGCAGAGUAAUUUCAAAGUAUGAUUUCCCAUAACCCUUAAAAUAAUUAGCAAUAAAAACAAAUGUAAGCUGA